AUGGCAAAGCAGUCGAGUCUGCUUCAUUGCUUAGCAUUCGACUACCGACCUUGUCGUGCCACCCGCGACCAGGCUGAGAGCACGUUCUUCGAUUGA